AGCCAUAGGUGUGUGUGCUGCUGGGAGGGGAGAGCCUGUUAACAUGCUAUAAAUAUUUAAUGCAUCUGGAGCUUCAGGGUUGGCUACUGUCUGGGUCUCAGCAGACCACAUCACAGGCUCUAUGUUGAUCUAGUGAUUCAUAGAAUUAUUGAUUUAUUGGACUGGGACAGGGAUUGGACCAACCCGGAGGUGACAGGCCAUCAUGCCUCGGAUAGACGUGGAUGUGAAGCUGGACUUUAAAGAUGUCCUGUUCAGACCCAAGAGAAGCAGCCUGAAGAGCAGGUCAGAGGUGGACCUAAGGAGGACGUUCACGUUCCGUAAUUCCAAACAGAGUUACCAUGGCAUCCCCAUCAUCGCUGCCAACAUGGACACCACGGGUACCUUUGAGAUGGCACAGGUCCUCAGCAAGCAAACUCUCUUCACCGCCAUGCAGAAGCACUACACUGUGGAGGAGUGGAAGGUUUUUGCAGCCAAGUUUCCAGAAUGUUUGGAGCACGUAGCGGUCAGUUCAGGCAGCGGUCAAGCCGACCUGGAGAAGCUGUGCAGCGUCCUGGAGGCCGUCUCUGACAUCAGAUUCGUCUGUCUGGACGUUGCCAACGGCUACUCUGAACACUUUGUGGAGUUUGUCAAAACCGUCAGGGGGAGGUUUCCCCAACACACUAUCAUGGCUGGCAACGUGGUGACAGGAGAGAUAGUGGAGGAGCUGAUCCUGGCAGGAGCUGACAUCAUUAAAGUGGGUAUUGGGCCAGGUUCUGUGUGUACGACGCGCAUUAAGACGGGAGUGGGAUACCCCCAGCUCAGUGCUGUCAUAGAGUGUGCAGACUCCGCCCACGGCCUGAAGGCUCACAUCAUCUCAGAUGGCGGAUGCAGCUGUCCUGGUGAUGUGGCUAAGGCAUUUGGCGCUGGAGCUGAUUUUGUGAUGCUGGGGGGCAUGCUGGCUGGCCACGACCAGUGUGCCGGGGAGGUCAUUGAGAAGAAUGGCAGAAAGGUCCAGCUGUUCUAUGGGAUGAGCUCUGACACGGCCAUGAAGAAACACGUAGGGGGAGUGGCAGAGUACAGAGCAUCAGAGGGCAGGACGGUGGAGGUACCGUACAGGGGGGAUGUAGAGGCCACCAUCAGGGACAUUCUGGGUGGUCUGCGCUCCACCUGCACCUACGUAGGAGCUGCCAAACUGAAGGAGCUCAGUCGCAGGACCACCUUUAUCAGAGUCACACAGCAGGCCAGCCACAUGUUCACAUAGUAGUAAAUAGACGGACGGACAACAUGAACUUUCUUGUUUCAAUUGUGCUGAUUUAACUUCAAAUGUAAAAGUGUGAAUCUACAACAAUAUUUAUGUGAAUGCAUGCAUUUUUUGUUUGUUGCCUGUACACAAUAAAUAGAAAGAGGAGAAACAGAAUGAAAUACCAACCUGGACUCAGGGGUAGACGUAAUAUAGUAAACUUAUAUCCGUGACACUCCAAAUAGUAUGAUAUGUAACGUUUGGCAUGCUAUUCAUUUGUGGAUGUCCAUCUUCCAUUUCGUACAAUAUGUUACGAAUUUGCAAAACAUAUGAUAUGUUAUGAAUUCUAAUUUGUUGAGGCCAAAGUUAUCUAGGUGGCUAAUGCUAAUGUUAGCCGGGUUAGGGUUAGGAGUUAUGUUAAGGGAAGGGUUAGCUAACAUGCUAAGUAGUUGCAAAGUUGCAAAAAAUUGGUCAGUAGUUCCAAAGUUGCUAAUUAGAUAAAAUUCUAAAAUUGUCUGUGAUGUUAUUCAUACACACAACCUUUGGGUUGCUUGAUGUUCAUGUUUUACACCUACCCAACCUGACCAACCACUCUACUUUUGUUUUUUGUCAUAAGUAGCCUUCUGUCUUAUGUAACCAUACCAAAUGUAACAUAUUAUAAUAAAUUGAGUGUUUUCGAAA